ACACCGAGCUGCUAACACGGAGGCAAGGGAAAAGUAGGAGGGGCUGGCACAACGGAGAGCGGUGAGAUCAGAUGCCAGCAGCUCAGGGAGUCAUUCCCCAGCUCCCAGGAAUAUAAAAGUCCGGCUCAUUCAUCACCCUGCCCUGGGACACUCUGGACCACAGCUGGCCUGGCAGGGAGGAGCAGCCUAGGAAGUGAACUGCUGAGGACCCCGCUGUCGCCUCCUGCAAAGAGGGUUUGGAUGCACUAUAUAAACACCUGCAGCUACAGCAGUACAUCUCCUCGAUCUCCAAACUAAACAGUCCACAGAGAAAAAGGUUUCCAGUGAACGGUGAGUAACUAAGCCAAGGAAGCUCCUCCAGUUCUAAUCCACCAGGCAAGACAAUUGUUUCCUUGGCAGGAGAUCCCACGGGAUCCCUACCCAUAAUGGAAGCGUGAGCGCGAGGCUCCUCCAUGACCUCCAGAAGCCACAACUCCUUGCCGCGAACUCUGAUGGCUCCUCGCAUGCUUUCUGAAGGGGCGCUGGGAGGCAUCUCCCAAAUCACCUCCUCUCUGUACCUGAGCAGGGGCAGCGUCGCCUCCAACCGACACCUGCUUUUGGCUCGGGGGAUCACCUGCAUCAUCAAUGCCACCAUCGAGAUCCCCAACUUUAAUUGGCCCCAGUUCGAAUAUGUCAAAGUGCCUCUGGCCGACAUGCCUCAAGCCCCCAUCUCCCUGUACUUCGACAGCGUGGCCGACAAAAUCCACAGUGUCGCGCGGAAGCACGGCGCCACCUUAGUUCACUGUGCUGCAGGGGUGAGCAGGUCAGCCACCCUGUGCAUCGCCUACCUGAUGAAGUACCACAACGUGUCCCUGUUUGACGCUUACAACUGGGUCAAAUCGAGACGUCCCGUUAUACGCCCCAACGUGGGCUUCUGGAGGCAGCUGAUAGACUACGAGCGGAAGCUCUUUGGGAAGACCACGGUUAAAAUGGUACAGACGCCAUAUGGCAUCAUCCCAGACGUUUACGAGAGGGAGAGGGGACCUCUGGUGCCUUACUGGGGUAUUUAACAUGACUGCAUCCAUGGGAAGAGCAGAAGGGACUCGUUCCGAGUCGACCAGACUAGAGACAAUCCCUUCUUCCUACGGCCAACUUCAGUUCUUCACCACAGGGCAGAACCUUAAUUAAGUCUCACCUCACUAACCUGAAAAGCCAACAAUUUCCCCCACUUGUCUUCAACGCAUACAUAAGCAAGUAGGCCUCAUUCUACCUUCCGCUGAUUUAGCAGAGUGAGGUCUCCUUACUAGCAUUUAUUCCCAUCACAAAGCACCUCUUCCACCCCUCCAUCCACCCCCACCCAGUCAGUUUACUAGCAUACUACAAGCAAAGAGCUAAAAGGCAUUUGGCAGAGUUAAUGAACAAAAGUACACUUUGUGAUGCGGUAGCCUGGAUAUUUCUUUAAUAGCUUGUUUGCUUCCUCGCGAAAUCCUGUAGCUGAUAAGGAGCAGCACUAGCACAAAAUGAAUAAGGUCCUACUCUAACUCAGCGGGUUUUUUAAGAGCCAGAGAGAGGAGUGCAGAAAUUUUUGCUAGUGCUGUUAUUUUCUUUAACUACUGUAGUGACUUAUAAUAUUAUAUAGUGUUUAGGAAACCUUUAGCCAGCAUUUACUCCUCAUAAAGUUAAGUCAGUCCAAGUCUGCCACAAAUAACAUAAUCCAAAACGAUUAAAAUAAUUGCAAUAUGUUCCGCAGCAGAGUAAUAGUCCCUGAAAGUACUUGUCCACCUGGAUAAAUGCAUACAUGAGUACAUGUUUGCAGGAUGGGGGAAACAUAGCAGGGCUCACUUCAAAGCAUAGCUCAGUACAGAAGUGAUGGGUUAACCUUUUCCCACGCCAACUGGCCAAAUGAAUGCUUAGGAAGUUUUGUGCAUGCAGCUACCCUCACAAAAGGGUUGAGCUGUAGUGUUUCAUUACCCA